AUGAUGGCCAAAGAGCAAAAGGCAAAAUUACCAGAUCCAUUCGAGAAGACUAUCGAUCAAGGUACUGCAACCGCCUUAGUAGCUGCGCUAGAUCGAGAGUUAACGCCGGGGAAAGGUGUAUUCUUGAAUGACUGUCAAGUCACGGAUGUGCCGCCGUAUGCAGAUAGCAAAGACAAGGCACAAAGACUAUGGACGUUGAGUGAGAAUCUUGUUGCAGAGAAGCUCGGAAGCGCCUUGCAGCUUGCUUGA